GUCGUUAUUCCGGUUUACAGAAGCUAACAGGCUAACAAGAUGACAACGUUAAGACCAUUUACCUGCGAUGACUUAUUUAAAUUUAAUAAUAUUAACUUGGAUCCUCUGACUGAAACUUAUGGGAUACCGUUCUACCUGCAGUAUUUGGCUCACUGGCCUGAAUACUUCAUCGUAGCAGAGGCACCCGGAGGAGAGCUCAUGGGAUACAUCAUGGGGAAGGCGGAGGGCUCGGUGGCGCGUGAGGAGUGGCAUGGACAUGUGACUGCUCUGUCUGUAGCUCCAGAGUUCAGACGACUGGGACUUGCAGCUCAACUCAUGGACAUGUUAGAGGAGAUCUCUGAGAGGAAAGGCGGCUUCUUCGUCGACCUCUUCGUGCGAGUGUCCAAUCAGGUGGCAGUAAACAUGUACAAGCGUCUGGGCUACAGCGUGUACAGGACAGUCAUCGAGUAUUACUCUGCCAGCAACGGAGAGCCGGACGAGGACGCUUACGACAUGAGGAAAGCCUUGUCCAGAGACACAGAGAAGAAGUCCAUUAUCCCACUGCCUCAUCCGGUCCGACCAGAAGACAUUGAAUAACAGCGUCUGUGGCUCUCCAAAAACAAAA